AUGGACAUACAGCAGAAUAUAGGAGAAACACAGCCAUUGGCCUACCCUAGCAGCAGCAGCAGCAGCAGCGGCUGCAACAGCAACAGCAACAGCAACAGCAGCAGCAACUGCAGCAGCGGCUGCAGCUGCGCUGAUUGUGUUAGAAAUGUUGCUGUAGAUGGCCAUACAGCAGCAGAUGCAGGAACAGCAGCAGCAGCAGCAGCAGCAGCAGCAGCAGCUGCAGCAGCAGCAGCAGACGUAGCAGCAACAGACGUAUCUGCUGCAGACGUAACAGCAGCAGACGUAGAAGCAGACAUAACUGCAGCAGCAGCAACAACAACAACAACAGCAGCAGCAGCGGAAACAGAUGCAUCAGCUGCUGCAGCAGCUGCAGCUGCAGCUGCAGCAGCAGCAGCAACUGGAGAAGCAGCAGCAGCAGCAGCAGCAGCAGCAGCAAUAGAAGAUGUAGAUGAGGGUUUAGUAGGUGGUGACAAGGAAUCUGCUUCUUGUACUUAUUUGCUGCCAGCAAAACCACCACCAGCAGCAGCAGCAACAGCAGCAGCAGCAGCAGCAGCAGACAGCUGCAGCAGCAACAUGUUAACACCAGAAGAAGUUGCUGCUUAUGGUGUUUCUUACUCGAUGUUAUAUCCUGUAUUAGGACCACAUAAUUAUCCUAUCAAGGAUGUAUCUCGUUGGUCUCGUCGUAUGUUAUCUCCUGAUUCUUUUCGUCAAUUAAAAAGUUUAGCAUUUAAAUUAGAUUUAGAUAAAUUACCUAAAAGUUUAUUAAUAG